CUGAUCCACUGUGAAAAUAAUCGGUAGUUGCAGCCCUAAAUAAGAGCAGAUUAUUAAGACAAAUCUGACUGUUGAUGACUCUUUUCCUCCUCCCUGCGGUCUCAUUUUGUGUCGAGUUAUUAUUCCUCCUGAUAGCCUGACCUCUUUACCUCUCUGUUAUCCUUUCUCAUUCACAGCUUUGGCAUUGGGAAACAAUAAUCCACACUUUAUAGACCAAACAACUAAUCAAUCAAUCGAGGAACUAAUCGACACAUUAAUCAAUAGGAAGUAUGAAGGAUGUAAAACUUGUGUAAAGAGCAGAGAGUAACAGAGAUAUAAGCUGGGUGUAUAAACAGAGCUAUAAGCUGGCACCAUGUUGCAUGUCGUUGGGUUUGUGCCGGGUGUGGUGUCUCUCCCCGUUACAGCAGCGUCUCCGUCACGCUGGUCUGUUGUUGUGCUGUUAGUUUGUUUCCAGCUGCGCUCGGUCCAGGCCACCAUCUGUCUGUCUUCGGGCUCCUCGCAGGCAGGCGGCUGCCUCUGUGCCUCAGACAUCCUCAGCUGCACGGCCGCCGGUCUCAAUCACAUCCCCGCGGAGAUGCCCAUCUCCGUCGUCACUCUGGAUCUCAGCCACAACCGCAUCGGGCAGCUGGAUGCCGGCAGCUUUCAGGGACUCUCUCGAUUGGAGACACUGCGUAUAGCGCACAACCAGCUGACUACGAUUCACCCGGGGGCGUUUCGAAACACCUCUGGGACUCUGCUGCGACACCUGGACCUGUCGUCCAAUCAGCUUCGUGUUCUGGAGCAGCAUUAUUUCCUCGAUAUGCCAGGAUUGGAGGAACUGUUGCUGUUCAACAACCGAAUAGUCCAUGUGGAGAGCAGAGCUCUGGCGGGACUGGGCAGCCUCCGAAAGGCCUACCUCAGUCACAACCGCCUCACCGACUUCCCUUUCUUUUCCUUCCAGGAGCACAGCCACCCUCACCUGUCCAUGCUCGACCUGUCCUCCAACCGCCUGCCCAAACUGCCCCUCGAGGACAUAUCAAACUUACCCCUAUCCGUUCAGCGAGGACUCUACCUUCACAACAACUCGCUGUUGUGCGAGUGCGCCAUGUACGGGCUCUUCCGGCACUGGGAACAGCAAGGCUUUGCCUCUGUGAGAGACUUCCAACAAGAGUACACCUGUCUGGUUUACGGGAUACAGAGAGGGACGGUGCGCUUCUUCCAACACAGACGCUACUUUGACAAAUGCAACUUGACCGGGACAAGUCAGGGGCUGAAGACGCAAGAGAGCAGCGUUUCGGUGAAGGUUGGGAGGCGACUGCUGCUGCACUGCCUCACUACUCUCGCCGGAGAACACGUGACGUUUCUCUGGGUGUCGCCGAAUCAGGAGUACGUGGCGCCACCGGGAAACAACGGCUCCUUGAAGAUGUACGCCAACGGCAGCUUGGAGAUCGCGGCGGCCCGUGCAGAGGAUGCUGGGAUCUACUGGUGCAUGUCGUUGGAUCGGGAGCAUCGACGCAAUGAGACACGAGAGGUCAACGUGACCGUGCUGCUGCACCAAGACGCCGAACAUCACGAGCCAUUCAACACCGGGUUCACCACCCUGCUAGGCUGCGUGGUGAGCCUGGUGCUCGUGCUCAUGUACCUCUACCUGACACCGUGUCGCUGCCCGCCCUGCCGCAAAGCCCCGGCCACCGCUACAGCGAGCCAGGGGAAUGAGGCCGGGGCCGGGAGUGCCCAAUCCUCUAUCCUCACCCCGACUCCGCCGGCGACCACUGAAGGUCCCGGCCGCAAGGUCAGUACCAACAAGCAUGUGGUGUUUCUGGAGCCAAUCAAAGAGCAGCAGAAUGGUAAAAUCAGGGUGGGACCGGGCGGACAUUUGGGUCCAGGGUUACUGUUAGAAGCAGAGCAGCACGCAAAGCUUCACAGCCAGUCGCAGCCGCCGCCGAGGGCGGGGGAGACGGACUGCAUCAUGUCCAUGUUCUCAGACACUCCCAUCAUGCUGCCAUAGCAACAGAGAGACACAGACUGGCACUAUCAUCACCUCUCACUCACUUCCUCCCUCCUCUGAUCCUGCGUUUCCUCCUCAACACCUCCCACUGCCCCCAGCACCAGGGUUGGGUAUCAUUUGGGUUUUUUCCGAUUACCGCUGCUAAAACGAGACUUUUAAGAUGGUGCUGGUGACUAAACAAAGCGUCAAUUAAAACGGUGCCUGAACCGAUACUUUAACAAAAGAAAAGCACACUUGUUUAAUAAUAAGGCCAUAUGGUCUAACUUAAAAGUGCUGUAGGUAGGAUUGUGAAAAUCUAGGACCUAGC